AUAAUUGGGGCACUCACUUCUUUGCGCUUCACCGGACACAGAGAAGCCGCCAGCCCCAAGAGCAGCUCCAGGCUGGCUGUGCGCUAGAUACAGGUGCAGGCAGCAGGCAGGCUGAGCAAGGGUGCCGAGGAUGAAAGGAAGUCGGGAGACUGGGCACAACUGAAGUCCUGAGCUUCCCAUACCCUUGACUUCUCUGUGGGCUCAAGCAAGGAACAUCCCAUCUCAGGAUGAACCCUGCUUCAGGGCCAAGAGUCUCACCAAGCUCAACCCAGGAGCCCAGCUGUGUGGCCAGCCCAGCCCUACCCAGCAGAUGGGACAGCUCCCAGAACAGCCUGUCCAGCCUGGGCCAGCUUCCACCCAUCAGCCCCACGGCAGCUGGGGCUUGGGCUGCAGCCUUGGUCCCCUUCCCCACGGUUGAUGUUCCAGACCACGCCCACUAUACCCUGGGCACAGUGAUCUUGCUGGUUGGGCUCACAGGGAUGCUGGGCAACCUGACAGUCAUCUAUACCUUCUGCAGGAGCAGAGGCCUCCGGACACCUGCCAACAUGUUCGUCAUCAACCUCGCGGUCAGUGACUUCCUCAUGUCCUUCACCCAGGCCCCUGUCUUCUUCACCAGCAGUCUCUAUAAGCAGUGGCUCUUUGGGGAGACAGGCUGUGAGUUCUAUGCCUUCUGCGGGGCUCUCUUCGGCAUCUCCUCCAUGAUCACCCUGACGGCCAUCGCCUUGGAUCGCUACCUGGUGAUCACACGCCCACUGGCCACCAUCGGUGUGGCAUCCAAGAGGCGGGCAGCAUUUGUCCUGCUUGGCGUCUGGCUCUAUUCCCUGGCCUGGAGUCUGCCACCCUUCUUUGGCUGGAGUGCCUAUGUGCCCGAGGGGCUGCUGACGUCCUGUUCCUGGGACUACAUGAGCUUCACACCGUCUGUCCGCGCCUACACCAUGCUUCUCUGCUGCUUCGUGUUCUUCCUUCCCCUACUUAUCAUCAUCUACUGCUACAUCUUCAUUUUCAGGGCCAUCCGGGAGACAGGAAGGGCUCUCCAGAACUUCGGAGCCUGCAAGGAUGGCAGCGAGUCCCUGUGGCAGCGGCAGCGGCUACAAAGUGAGUGGAAGAUGGCCAAGAUCAUGCUACUAGUCAUCCUUCUCUUCGUGCUCUCCUGGGCCCCCUACUCUGCUGUGGCUCUGGUGGCCUUUGCAGGGUAUGCACAUGUCCUGACGCCCUACAUGAACUCGGUGCCAGCUGUCAUCGCCAAGGCCUCUGCCAUCCAUAACCCUAUCAUUUACGCCAUCACCCACCCCAAGUACAGGGUGGCCAUCGCCCAGCACCUGCCCUGCCUGGGGGUGCUACUGGGUGUGUCGCGCCAGCACAGUCGCCCCUACCCCAGCUACCGCUCCACCCACCGCUCCACACUGAGCAGCCAGACCUCUGAUCUCAGCUGGAUCUCCGGACGGAGGCGCCAAGAGUCCCUGGGCUCUGAGACUGAGGUGGGCUGGACAGACAUGGAGGCAGCAGCUAUGUGGGGGGCUGCCCAGCAAGUGAGUGUGCGGUCUCCCUAUGGUCAGGGCCUGGAGGACAUAGAAACCAAGGCCUCUUCCAGACCCCAAGGACAGGAAGCCAAGACUCCAGGGAAGACCAAGGGGCUGCUCCCCAGCCUGGAUCCCAGGAUGUAGGACGCCCACUGGCUCUCGCUUCCUUCUGGAACAUGUCCAGCCCCUCACAUCUCCUUCACAUACACAGACCCAGGAUUACCCUGUGAGCCUGCAGGCUUUGGAAGUAGCCCUAUCACCCGUUCUGUACGGUUUCGUGACCCCAGUGCCACAUCCCCUCCCUGCACCACAAAACUCCUGCCUGCAUUGUGCUCUGCACCCACUUCUCAGCUCAGCAGCCACACCUCAGGCUCAAUCUGAAGGGUAUGGGCCCAGGCACUCACUCUUCCAGAGUCGUCUGCCUCUCCUCAAAUGCUGUAUGCUGUGAUUGUCCAGGUGAUGACAAUGGUGAUGGCUCUGGGGGACACACCAGUUAUUUAUGAGCAAGGCAUCUCGGCCAACUUCUGCACCCAGGAAGGGCCUGUCACUGGCACGGGGAGGCCAGCCAUGUGUUUCCCACUGCCAAGAGCUGAAGCCCAGCACAGAGCUCACUUUGCUCACUGAAAACAGUUGCUCACCUCUGGGUCCUUCCCCCGGCGAACCACUCUCACUGCAGCCCACAUGCUUAUGCACAUAGGCAUCUGUAGACACACUCUCCCAUAGGUACCUAUGUGUAUGCACACCAAGCACAUGCGUGCACCCUCUGUACCUGUGGUUUGUUUCAUAUCAGUGGUCUAAGUACAUCCCCGGGCUGUGUGCCUCUGACGAAGUAUAGGAAAAUAAAAAGCAGAGGUCUUC